UUGCCAGUUGGGGGGUUUGUAACCGCCGGGGGGUGCGGAACGUUCUGUCCGGGCCGCCGCCGCCGCCCCAGGGGCCGCGAUCCCCGGGCCCGAGCCCCGGCUCCCACCCCUGGAGCCCUCCCCGGGGCGGGCGGGCGCCGGGCCCGGCCCCGGCCCCGGCCGCCGGGCCCCAUGGAGAACUUCCAGAAGGUGGAGAAGAUCGGCGAGGGCACCUACGGGGUGGUCUACAAGGCCAAGAACAAAGUCACCGGCGAGGUGGUGGCGCUGAAGAAAAUCCGCCUGGAUACAGAGACGGAGGGCGUCCCCAGCACCGCCAUCCGGGAGAUCUCCCUGCUCAAGGAGCUGAACCACUCCAACAUCGUCAAGCUGCUGGACGUGAUCCACACGGAGAACAAGCUCUACCUGGUCUUCGAGUUCCUGCACCAGGACCUGAAGAAGUUCAUGGACUCGUCCUCAAUCAGCGGCAUCCCUCUGCCCCUCAUCAAGAGUUACCUGUUCCAGCUGCUGCAGGGCCUGGCCUUCUGCCAUUCCCACCGGGUGCUGCACCGCGACCUCAAGCCCCAGAACCUGCUCAUCAAUGCCGAGGGAGCCAUCAAGCUGGCGGACUUCGGGCUGGCACGGGCAUUCGGCGUGCCGGUGCGAACCUACACCCACGAGGUGGUGACUCUCUGGUACCGGGCCCCUGAAAUCUUGCUUGGCUGCAAGUACUACUCAACGGCUGUGGACAUCUGGAGCCUGGGCUGCAUCUUUGCUGAGAUGAUCACCAGGCGAGCCCUGUUCCCUGGAGACUCGGAAAUUGACCAGCUCUUCCGCAUCUUCCGGACGCUGGGCACCCCGGACGAGGCCGUGUGGCCAGGGGUCACUUCCAUGCCCGAUUACAAGCCCAGCUUCCCCAAAUGGGCCAGACAGGACUUCAGCAAGGUGGUGCCCCCUCUGGACGAGGAGGGGAGGAAGCUCUUGGCUCAAAUGCUGCACUACGACCCCAACAAGCGGAUUUCGGCCAAGUCAGCGCUGAACCACCCCUUCUUCCGGGACGUCACCAAGGCCGUCCCUCACCUGCGCUUGUGAAGUGGUUUCGGGGAGGGGGCCAGCCCAGCCAGGACUCUGCUGCCCCCACUCUGGCUCUGUCUGGCCUAUGCCUGUAUCUGGAUCUGUCUCCUGGGGCUGGACCUGCCCCGGGGGUCCUGAGACUCAUCCCGCCCCAGCGGACUUGCACUUAGCCUCCCGAACGGAGAGGGUGGCAGCCCAGCCCCCAUUGCCCUGGCUGGAGCUCCUAGUCUGUGGCUCUGACCCUCCCUGGAGGGCUUGGAUUCCAGCACCAGCAAUGGGACCUUGCUCGCUGCAGCUGGGAGCAUCCCUCACCAGCCACCCUGGUUGAGCCCCUUCUCCUUUCACCUCCCUCGGCAUGCCCCCAUCUGAGACUCUUCAGUGAUGUCUCACAUCCUCUGGAGCCCCCCGAAUUCCUGCUCCAACACAGGGCGAGCCCUCCUGGAGCCCCCAUACCUCCUUGAUGGGUGGAAGGCAGGGAGGGUCUGGCUGGGGAACCUCCCCUCCUACCUUCAAGAUUGGUUCAAACUGGAUACGCUCAGCUGGCCCCGGUGAACUCGCUCCCCUGCCUGCUUCUCGUCCAGCACCCUGGAGUCUGCUGCACUAGAGACUCGAACUGCAGCUGGUGCUCCUGGCGACUCCUGUUCCUGCUGCAAAUUGGACCCUGCAGAUUGGCUGCCCGAAUCCCCAGCAGCUCUUUGCAUUGGGCGGGGGCCCACAGGAGUGGCACACGUCCCCAACCACUCAGGCAACAAGUGUUGUAAGGGCUGAUCCUGCAGCGUGUUGGGCCCACUCAGCUCCCCUCCUCCCCUGGCAGGAUCUGACCCUAAUCAGGAACUCUGCUCACUUAUCAUCCCCCCCACCUUAGUGUCCCAUGGGCAGAAGCGUUUUGACCAACAGGGCCCAAGACCCUCACAUGUCCAACGCUGGCAUCCUGCCCCCCCAUCUCACCAGGUGCGACCUGAUGCAUGUAGCUUCUGCAGGGAAGCAGGUUCCUCAUCCGCUCCGGGGAGAAUCUGCACCCACAGGAGGGGGUUUGCUCUAAAGGCUUCACCCUGCACAGCAUGGUGGAACGGGAACCUAGCAGCUGAAAGCAAUUGUUGCAGCCAGCUCUUCUCGUGGCCCCCCUGCAAGACGCCCCCCUAUUCUCUGCUCCCUGAAGGGCUUUGAAAGCAAAGGGCUUUGUCCCGGAAAGGAGCCCCUGGCCUGACAGUGCUGCAGUCUCCUCCGACAGAUUCUCCCCCCACCGCAUCAUUGGCCGCUCAUUCUGUGGUGCUGCCUAUGGCCAAGUGCGAUGCAAGGGGACAGAUCCUCCGUGGGUGUCGAUCAGGGUGGUUCCACUGAUUUGUCAAUGGUGCUAUGGCAGUUUAUGCCAGCUACAGAUCUGAUCCCAGAAUCUGACAUACACCUCACUAGAGCUGGUGCCCUCCACCAGCCGGGUUGUUUCCCAGCGGGGGUGGGACUCCUUGUCACUUUUCUUUUGGCUUAGAUCUUCCCAUGCCAGACGCACUUCAGCUCGUGGAAAGGUUGGCUCUGGCACCUGGGGCCAGAUCCCCAGCUGGUGUGGACAGCGUAUCUCCACUGCCUUCAGCAGAGCGAUGCGUAUUUACACUAGCUGAGAGUCUGGCCUGUGAAACGGGCAUGUGCACCUGUUUUAAUUCUCCCUCCUUUCCUGUGGGCUUCCCCAGCCGCGUUCUCUAGGGGAGCAGGGGCAGCUCAAGGCGUUAGGGGGUGCUACUGAGUCUCAGUUGGAGUAGUUGUCCACUUAGAUUGUCCUGGAGGGUGGGGAAGGGUGACACCCUGUUCGAAAGUAUCCCCCAUCACCUAGCCCUCAGCAGCUGCUUCCUUUUAAGUGCAGUGCAGAUGGGGUGUUUGGAUAGAUUGGAAGGCUACGAUUGAGAUCACUGAGGUAGCAGCUGUUGCUGGGGCAGCUCUCCACCAGAAUAACAUGAUCAGUUUCAGAUGAGCUGGUACUGUUUCCCUACAAACAGCUCCAUUUGUAAAAGUCUGGGACAUCCCAUGGUGUGGAUGGUGCGCUGCUGUCACCUGCCCACCUCCAGGCUCUUGGGGCCUGCUUAAAGAAGGGAUGCGGGGGGGGGGAAAUCCACAUCUAAACCAAAAUUGAACAGUUGACAAUAGAUGAAUAGAAUAUUUAAACACAGACUUAGUGUAUUUUAUAGUAAAGCAUUUUAUAUUUAAGGAUUGUUUACAGAAGUAUUUGAGGUACAAAUUAAUAUUCAAGGAGAGGAAUGAUCAUUAAGGGAAGCUGUGGAUUUAGCGCAUAAGCCACAUAGGCCUUUUCCAGAUGAGGGUUAAAAGUUGGAAUGGUUCUGUUCCUAUCACAGCUAUUUUGAUCUCUUGUAUCUUGAGUUUCUUUAGAGCAGAAGGGUUGGGUCUCGUGUCCUUCCACAAUGGACUAGCUUUUUUUCUCAACUCAGUUGCCUAAAGAAAAAUGUAGGGUUAGGACAGCAACAUAAAGUGCCUGAUGGAAACCAGUUUGAGGAGGGAGGGGAAGCUGAGCCGCAGAGAUUUCCCCAAAACAAUGCUGCUGCCAAGUUUUGAUGAAAACAGAGGGAAGGAGAGAUGCAGAUGGGGUUAAUAGCUAUAGUGACACAAUAUCUGCGAGCAUGAAUAUAUAUAUUUUUUGGACUGGAACAAAUAGGGAAAUAUUUAUAAGGCCAUGUUAGUUUUAAAGCAGAGCUCUGGAUCUGUAUAAAGUUUGUUAGACAAGCACCGUGGAGUUUUUGUAAGUGAAUAUUUUUAAAAAUCAAACCCUAGAAUAUAUUUGUCGUCCUUGAUUCUUUGUAGACUGUUGUUUCUUACCAAAUGUUAAAAAUAUUAUGGGGUUGGUUUAUAAAUCAUUAAAAAUAUUCUUAGUUUUAACUUGA